AUGGGGAGAACAGUUACAGUGAGUCUUGGUGGAGCACCUCCAGAGCAACCUGUCAAUCUAACGUGCUGGUCCCGCAACGCAAAGGACUUGAGCUGCAGGUGGAGCCCGGGGGGGCAGGGCGAAUCCCACAUCCGAACCAAAUACACCCUCAAGUACAAACUGAGGUGGUACAGUGGAGAGAAGGAGUGUGAGAAUUACAGCCACGGUAAACAGCGUCACUCCUGCCACAUCCCCCGCAACCUGGCCCUCUUCACCCCGUACGAGAUCUGGGUGGAGGCGACCAACCAGCUGGGCUCUGCCACCUCUGACAUCACCACUCUGGACAUCCUGGAUGUAGUGACCACAGACCCUCCAUCCAACGUGCAGGUGAGUCGUGUUGGCGAGCUCGAAGAUCAGCUGACAGUCCGCUGGUCCAGCCCCCCCGAACUCAGGGACAUUCUGUUUCAGGCCAAGUAUCAGAUCCGCUACAGACUGGAGGACAGCACUGAAUGGAAGGUGGUGGAUGAUGUUGGCAACCAGACAUCAUGUCGGCUGGCAGGCCUCAAGCCUGGAACUGUCUAUUUUGUCCAGGUGAGGUGCAACCCAGUGGGCAUCUAUGGUUCCAAGAAAGCUGGCAUCUGGAGCGACUGGAGUCAUCCGACUGCUGCCUCCACUCCCUCUCCCAGUGAGCGCCUGCAGAGCGGCUCUUGUGAAUCCAAGCCCAGUGAGCAGAACUCCACCCUGCGGAGGGAACUCAAGCAGUUCUUCGGCUGGGUCCGCAAGCACGCAUACGGCUGCAGUGGCAUGUCAAUCAAACUGUAUGAUCAGUGGAGGGUGUGGCUGCAGAAAUCCCACAAAACGCGCAACCAGAUUCUACACGAUGAUAAUUCAUAGCAGCGCUGCUCAGCACGACCGGUGUUUGAUUCAAUAACAGCCUGAAGGAACACUGACAGAUAACUGGCCUCUGGCGUCCCGGCUGUGGGAGAGGUCCACCGCCCCGGCUCAGGGAGGCUGCAGUGUUUAGUCAUCAAGUUUUGAGUUUAAAGGGCCCGGGUGGAAGAUAAAUGAAGCGAGACAAUGCAGCCUUUUUCGACCAUUUCCGCCCGACAAAUCUGUCUUUGCACAUCAAACACCAAUAUGUAGGCAUUCAGUAACUGCACUUUUAUUCUAUGUAUGAAAAAAGAAGUUAUGGACUUUUUAUUGACUUAAUAUUAGAAAAGCAAGAGUUAAAUGCUCCUUUGAAGUCAAAUGGUAACAGAAGCAUUACUCCAGCAUGUGAAA